AUGAUUUAUGUAAUUAGAGCAACUCAAUGUAACCUUGAGUUUCUUCUUAUUUGUCUAUAAGUGGCAAAUUUUCGUCAUUCAUAUUUUAUUUAAUGGAAUUAAAAACUUAAUUAAGAUCUUACUUAAACUCCUAUGGAACUUAUCCUUAUGUUAGAGAAAUCAAACUACGAGUACUUUUUGGUGAUAAGUAAAAUUUUUUAGUGAAAAAGAUUCUAUAGUAAACUAGUUCUAUAGUGUCUAGCUAGUUUCCUAAUUGAAAUGAAGAAUCUUAUAUUUUGCUACUGUCAACACUCAAGGUAUUACUUCUAAUUGAUCUCUAUGUUAGUUCAAUAAAGAAUUAGCUGAAACAUUUAACGAGGAUUACAUUGAUUUGAUGUAAAAAAUAGUCCUGCUAAAACUGGAAUAGAUCGCUCUAUUUUAAGUGGAAUCAAAAGACUUUAGGAGAGGCAAACUAUAAUUUUUAGGAAAUCAAAAACCCUACUAAGUUAUGUAGAGUACUGAAGUAGUUAAGGUAAAAAGGAGUUGCAAACAAUAGGUAUUCAAUUUUGAGAAUAACAUCAGAAUGCAUUAGGAUUAGUCUUUAUUGUGUUGCAUAUAUAUAAAUUAUUAUUCAACUUAGGUAUACAAUUCCUGAAAUUCAAUAUUUUGAUCAUAAUUAAGCUCAUACAAAUUUGCCUCCAAUAUUCCUCCUUUGUCUAUGAUGAUACAAUUAAAGGCAUUUUAAGUUAGAAUGCUCAAUCCAGCACAAAAGAAAUCUGUAGAUAUUUAGACUCUCAUCUUGAGGAAUAACAUCAGGCUUAAUACUCGUCUUAUGCUGAAUUAAUUUAGACCAUAGUCAAAAAACAUAUUAUCAAAAAACAUAAAUAGGCUGAAUUAGCCAAUAUUUUUCUUGAGCAUGAAUCUAAAUAGUUAGAAGGGAAGUAAAUCAACGAAAAUUUUGACGUUCAAUUCAUUGAAUAAAUUAAUUUGAGUUAUUUUAACAUCUUGACUUUCCCUAAAUGA